CGACACUUCUGUAUAUACUGUGAUUAAAAUUCAUCAAGAAUAUUCAUUCAUAGUAGUUUGUGAAGUGCACUUAGGAUUUAUAAAAUGUCAAUAAUUUUUUUUAUUAUUCUAAUUAUUGUAUGUGUAAAUCAAGGAUAUGCACAGUUCAAGUGUUAUUCAUGUUUAGGAGGCCCUGAAACAAGGUGCGGAACUGGUGAUCUACCUAAAACAAUAUGGUGCUCAACUCAAUGUUUUGAAUCCUACACUAUAUAUCAAAAUGGAGCAUUACCACUUGUAGAGAGGAAAUGCUGGGUCCCACCAGAGAACAAUAAAUAUAAGACAUACUGCAGUUGGUUUAUUAACUCAAACAUUCCGAGUAACGCUAAUGCUGAACUAAUAAGUUGUAGAACUUGUAAAAACGAUAAAUGUAAUGGCAGCAAUAACUUAGUUCCUAGAAACAACUUUUUUUCUAAAAAUAUACGUAAUUUGUUGAAUUUGAAAAUUAGCGAUAAGUUGUAGGUAAUUAAAGAAAUAUGAGUUGUAGAAUUUGCAAAACUCAUUAAUAUAAUGGCACACAAAUUGUUUAAUUUAACAAAAAAAUAAUUCAUAUAUUUUUUAAAUUAUGCAGCACAUUAUUUUGUAUUACUAACUAGGUAAUGAUAAUGAACAAUUAAAAAUAAAUAUUUUUUGUUAUUACCUUCAUGUUUCUUAUAAACUGGUUUUUUGAAAGUAAAAAAUAAUUUUUCUACAGCCGUGCUAAAAGAGCCACUUUCACGCACGCAUUUCGUUUCCGAAAGUUGCACUUUCCCGCAAGGCGUGCGUGAAAGUAAAUUUUCCCGCACGGCGUGCGGGAAAUUAAAAUACCUUGUAAUAUGGCAUUAUAAUAUAUUAUAAAACAUGCAGUAAACUAAUAUUUAGAUAUUAUUAAGUAAUUUAUUUCACAUUUAUCUUUAUUGUGUUCAUGUUUUAAUGAAAUUAGCGCGAUUAUUUCAUUCAUAGGAGAUUCUGACCAAUAGAAAGCUACAGAAAUCUAAAUUAAAUCGAUAAUUUUUGAUAACUUCCCGUCGUCAAGUAUAUUACGUCAGAUACCCUUCGUUGCUACGAAAAAAUACAUUCAGUGACAUUAAUGACAAUUAAUGUUUUAAAAAUUAUAAAAGUGAUAACUUUCAACCGUCAAAUUAAUAUUUAUAACAACUGUUUGUUUAAUUGUACUAAUUUGUACUUACAUAAAUAAAUUACAAUAAAAUUUUGGUUUUGAACAGUUUUAUUCAUGAAAUAAUCGCAACAAAUUUCACUCGAUCUCUAAAAUUAAUAUAGAAUGUUAGAGCUCUUGUGCAAUUACUACUGAUAAUUAGGGAUGGCGGUUUUUGACAAAACACCGGUUUUCAGUUAUACCGGUUUUUUUUGCUUACGGUUUAACCUGCGGUUAUAACCAGCCAAAAAAACCGGUUUUUGGAAAAACCGGUUUUUGUUUUUUUUAAUCCAAUAGGUUACAAAGUUACAUUUACAAUACACUUUAGUUUGCGAUACUCCAUUCGACUCGAUAUCAAUAUGAUCAAAAUUAGUACUAUCGAAAGAACAUGUAUUACUCUUAACACGUUUGUAUAUUUGUAGAAUAGGUACAUUUUAACUCACUUAAUACUUCCUGUAUGAGUAUAUCGUUUUUAAAACGUAUCGAAAUUCUUGGAGAUUCGUAUUUGUAAUCAGUAAUUCGAUAGUCAUAGUCAGAGCAUUAUUUUUGGUAAUCAGAAAAAGUCAUUCACCCACUUUCAAUGUCAAGAGUUAAGUGUGAAAAAUAGACGAUGUUUGCGUCUAGUUCAACCAGAUCACUUCUUAUGUAAAUAUUAUGAUUACAAAUACCUUUUCAAGGAAAUAUUAUAAUAAAACUUAAUAAAUGUUUCUGGCUGAUGUGAGAUUGCACUUUCAGUUUGCUUCUGUAUUUUAUAAAAUAAAAUAAAAUUUGA